UCACAUAACCUAAACAAUGUUUUAUUAUGUAGAUACAUAGGGAAGAGACUUUGAAGAAUAUUAUGUAAAGUUGGAAUGUAAAUUAUUCGUCGAAAAUAAAAUUUCUCAAAAGGCAUGACUUAUACGCACGUCCAACGAGUAAGAAUUUUAUAUAAAACUAUAUUGAAAUUACACAGAAGUUUACCAAAUGAAUUGCAAAUUAUCGGCACUAACUAUGCUAGAGAAGAAUUCAAAAGACACAAACGAUGCAGUCGGAACGAGGCAAACAUUUUUAUGAACGAAUGGACGAAUUACGCAAUAACUUUGGCUAAACAGUUAGGUCUGAGAGGUCCUCAAACAGGCACCAAAAAAAUCGGUUCUGCUCUGGCUCCAUCGGCGCUAGAUCAAUUACGUGAUGAUCAGAUUAUACAAUUGUACGAAUUGAAGGAGGAAUCUUCGAGAGCCAAAAAUACGGAAGGAACUGCUGAGACAUAAUCGAGAAAAAUAAAUACAAUACUGUAGAAACGGAAAUAAAUUAUUAAUCGAU